AUGACAUACAAGGUGCAGUUAUUACCGGAUUUGGCAUCGUACUUUCGUGAUCCAAAUCAUUUGUUAUUUCGUUACGUUGUAAAAGAUACCUCAGAUUUGCUCGUGCCUUCUGAAAUUUUGGAAAAUCACAAUUCUGUUACUAUUUUACAUGAUUUUGAAAAGUACGUCGACGACAUUCGCGAUUUGCAAGUGUUCGAAGAUGACAUUUGGAUUAUAUCAUAUCCAAAAAGCGGAUCGACAUGGGCACAAGAAGCAGUUUGGCAGAUAAUGCAUGACAUUGAUAUCGAAAAUGAAGCUGGAAAAGCUCCGUUGAAUACUCGAAUUGGAUUUUUAGAACUUUCAGCAUUAGUUGAACUACCGAAUAGAAAAAGCUCAGUUGAAACAGUGAAAAAAAUGCAAAGACCUCGAAUCAUCCGAAGUCACUUACCAAUCGCAUUUCUUCCAAAAGAACUUUGGAUUGUAAAACCUCGAAUUGUAUAUCUAAUGCGAGAAGCAAAGGAAACUGCGGUGUCAUGGUAUCAUCAUUACAUAAACAUUCAUAACUUUCUCGGGCAAAAAGAAGAUUUUUUAGAACUUUUUCUCAAAGGAAAUUUGAUUUUUGGUAAUUAUUGGGAUCAUAUUGAGCAAUUCACGUUACUUCAUGAAUGGUAUAAAAACAUGAAAAUCUACAAAUUUGAAGAAAUUUUAACAAACAUGGAAAAAAUUCUUCAAGAUCUCGGCAAAUUUUUGAAUAAAUCUUUAACGCCAAAUGAAACGGAAAAGCUUUUGCAUCAUCUUGCCUUUGAAACAAUGAAAUCCAAUCCAGCUGUCAAUGGCGCGGAACUAAAACCAAUUGUUGAAGCAUUCCAUCCAGGCACCAAUUAUACCUUUAUGCGACGAGGCGGUGUCGAUUCUUUCGUCGAGGAAAUGCCCCCGAAAUAUAUUUGGAGAAUUGAUGAAAUUACGAAGAAACGUUUCAAGGAUCUGGAUUUGUAUCAAUAGACACAAAGGCAAAGAAGAAAUGCCGUGGGUGCCGCGCUCUCGUAAUUUAUAUCAUUUUACAAAAAGAAACCACAGAACAAACA